AUAUAAUGAUAAUUAGAUAUAUUUAUAUCGAACACUCAAAAGAAUAAUCAAGACUGCUUUUAAGAGUCUUUUAAGAAUUAUUAAUAGGAUUAUUCUGGCUCCCAGCAAAUAAAACACAUAUAAAUAAAAUACAUACAAUAAAAUGAAAGGAAUAGUUUACCCAAAUUUGAAAAUCCUGUCAUUUACUCAUCUGCAAUAAAGUUCCAAUGCACCAUGGGACGAACACUGCAUUAUUUGACAGAAAACUUCAUCAAAUGCAACAACUCAAAAACAAAAAGUUCAAUAUGUCACAUAUCUUUGGAAAAGCUGAGAUUCUUGUGAUUCCUUUAAGAUACAAUCAACUCAACAGCUACAAUUAAUCAUUUUUAGGCAUUUUUUUGCCGUUUUCAGGAAUGCUAACCUGUAUGAGUUUCUUUAAUCUGUUAAACACAAAAGAAGAUAUUUUGUUAAAUAAUUGUAACCACACAUCAACAUGUGAAGAAUUUUAAAGAGUACCAAUUUCAUUGCUAAAAAAACACUAUUUUGUAUUUGGUAUAAUACAAUGUGUUCCCAUGGUUAAUGGUUAAAAACACAUUAUUUUCCACAUACCGUACAUUUUUGUAGCUCCAGAUAUCCCGUCUUCCUAAAAUGCACUGAUUUUGUACAAAACUCAUCGAUUUGAAAAGCUCUGUGUUCCUGAUUGGCCAGCUAAACUGUACGUUGUGAUUGGCCUGUAUACCUCUGACUUCAGCAGGAAAUGUGACGCUCCUUACCAUGUUUGAAAGAUUCAGUUGCUAACAAGAGUUAACUUACAGGCUGUGAAUCUGAAGCGUGAGGAGUUAUGAUAAUGUCGGUCUUUACUACAUCACCAAUCCCAGGAAGUACAAUCUAGUACAGGGGUUUUCAAACUUUUUGUGUGUGUGGACCACUAACUUAUUUGUAAUCAAGAAUUUUCGCGGACCACCUCAUAAUAGCCUACUCUAGUAAUACAAUAUGUCUACACACAGUCCUGAAUUUAUCUGCACCUCUAAAUAGGCUUACUAGCACUAAAACUAUAACUGGUUAUCACAUCAGUACAACAUAUUCUUAAAACUUAGUCUUAAAAAAUAUAUAUUAUUUUAUAUUGCCUUUACAAGGACCACCUGCAGUACCCUCACGGACCACUAGUGGUCCGCGGACCACAGUUUGGGAAUGGCCGAUCUAGUAGUCCAAGAAAAGAGAUUUACGUUGUUGAUGAUAACUCACGUCAUCAUUUACUUUGGGGUUUGUACCUUUUGCAUAUUGUUAACAUGAACUAAUACACACUUACACACCAAAGGAAAUGUAAAAUCGUGAAUUGGACCAUAGUUGCCCUUUAAUUUUUAGGUGAACAAUCCCUUUAUGAUGUGCAUUUAUUUUUCAAAGUUAAAGGAAUAGUUUACAAAAUGAAAAUUAGCCUUAAUUUUACCUUUAAGCCAUCCUAGGUGUAUAUGACGUUUUUCUUUCAGUCAAACACAGUCAGGGUUAUAUUAAACAAUAUCCUGGCUCUGUUCAGCUUUAUAAUAGCACUGGAUAGUGCCCCAUUUUUACCCUCAAAAACUAAUCCAUACAGUUAUUAAACGACUUCUAAAGUGAAGCGAUUGGUUUUUGUAAGGUUGGGUCUAGGGUGGCCAUUCGUGCCAGUUCCGCCAGACACGUCCUGAACAGGUUUUCGGGUGCGUUCUACGGAAGUCGCGUUGGUCGACCAUAUACGUCAUCAAGGUUUAAUAUUUCGGGUUUAAUUUCAGAAAAGCAACCAUUACAUUUAAAUGUAUAAAUGAAACUACAAUGAGUGUAUGUCUUAAAAUAAAUAAAUCUUAAUUUUCUAAAUGUAUUUUAACUGAAAUGUGAGAACCUCGAUGAUGUAUGCGGUGGUUGGGCAAGGCGACUUCCGGAGAACGAACCCGAAAUCCUGUUCAGGACGUGUCCGGUGGAACUGGCACGAAUGGCCGACCCUAGUUGGGUCACAGAUCAGCUUUUGCCUCAACUUAACUCUUUCAUGAGCACAUUGGCUAGGAUGACAUCCUACCUAUGUUCAUAAUGUAGUUUAAAAUGGAGUACUACUCAUUACAUUAUUUAAAUAAUAACUUUUUGAAUAAUUCCAACUUCAAAUACUGAAAUGAUCCACCCUAAACUAUAUUUAAAAACUGCUGUUUUGUUGUUCUUUGCUUUUCUGUUUUUUUUCUUUGUUUCUAUUUAAUGUGAAGCUUCUUUAAAAUAAUGACCAAUUGUGAAAAGUGUUGUCUAAAUACAAUUUUAUUGAGUUUAUAAAGUUUAAAAUUUAAAUUUUCCUUAAAAACUCAUUGCUUCACCUUGGAAGACAUUUAAUAACCUCAUAGAUUGUUUUUCUUUGAAAAUGGGGCACUAUCCAAUUCCAUUAUAAAGCUAAAAAAGCCAGCAUAUUAUCAAACAUGUGUUUGUCUGAAAUACAAAAGUUUACACAGUUAAAUAUGGGAUGAUUUUUAUUUUGAAGUGAACCUUUAAAGCUUAGGUUGCGUCUAGCUUAAAAUAAUUCAUGAUUAAAUGUUUAAUUACUUGAAUUAAUAUGUAGAUCUGUAUAUAAUAAAAAUAAGAAUGUAAUAAUGUGAUCUCAUAUGAAACAGAAAUGACUCAAGAGGUCAGAGGUCAUGUUGAAGUUUCACUUCCUGCUCGAGAUGAAUGCGCGAGCGCAGUUCUACGCCAUGCACGCGCUUUCGUUUUCUUUUCCGUGAGUAAUUAAAAACUUUAUAAACUUUACAAUGACGCGACAGGUGUGUGUGAGGCUCGAGCGUCGCGUCAGACGCGUUGAGUUUGGGUGUGUUUGCUGAGAGUUUGUGACGUUCAUCAGCUGGAUACUUAACGAGUGUCAAACGUAAACAUUUACCCUGGUUUAACCUCAGUAACCUACUGACCCGGUUCUGUAGAGAUGGGUUCUUAUCCAGUCUCAUAUGUGAAGCUUCUGACGGUUCAUCGGGAGCUUCUGGUGGAGCAGGUGAAGAACACGCAGUGUUUGCUGGACAAUCUUCACAUGAACAACUUCAUCUGUACUGAAGAUAUAGAGAUCAUACAGCGAAGUGCCACCAAAACUGAUCAGGUGCGUAAGAUCCUCGAGCUGGUCCAGAGUAAAGGAGAAGAAUGUUCUGAAUAUUUCAUACAUAUUCUUUAUGAAGCGUAUGAUGCUUAUAUUGACCUGCGCCCAUGGUUUCAUGACAUUCAGUACAGUCCAUCAGAUACUAUACAUCACAUACCUGUGGUUAACACAGAUCCCAUUAGCAAGUACAGUGAGAAACUCAGGCAUGAGCUCAAGAGAGACACUCAGUUCAUCACAUCAUACUCAAAGCGUGAAGAGACGCCGCUGGAGGAUCUCUACACAGACACACAGAUGGAGCUCGUAAACGACAAGGGCGAGAGCCUGGGCUUUCUCCAGAGUCUGGAUGAGCUCCUUGGAGAUCAGGGGGUCUUCAACCAGGAGGCCGAGACCAUCUUCAUCACGGGUGAUGCUGGUGUAGGCAAAUCCAUCGUUCUUCAGAAACUCCAGAAUCUGUGGUCCAGGAGAGAGCUGAAAACUCGCGCCAAGUUCUUCUUUAAAUUCAGGUGCAGGAUGUUUAGCGCCUUUAAAGAAACGGAUGAGAUCUCAUUGAGGGAUCUUAUCUUCAAGCACAACUGCUAUCCGGAUGGAGACCCCGACAACGAGGUCUUUACGUACAUCUUACGAUUCCCAGAGACCGUACUCUUUGCGUUUGAUGGGUACGAUGAAAUCCAAACAGACUUUGACUUGGAUAACGUGCCCGAGGUGGUCUCCCCAGAAGAAAAGACUCAUCCGCUUUUGCUUCUCAUGAAUCUGCUGUGUGGAAAACUGCUGAACGGUUCUCGGAAAAUUCUGACCGCGCGGACCGGCACGGAGGUCCAAAGCCGAGUGAUCAGGAAGAAGGUCUUUCUGAGAGGUUUUUCACCCGAGCAUCUGAGGACGUACACGGCUUUGCAUUUCCCCGAGGAGGAACAAAGGGCGAUGGUGCGAGUGCAGCUGGAUGCAAACCCUCAUCUCUGCGGUCUCUGCUCCAUCCCACUCUUCAGCUGGAUCAUUCUUAAGAGUUUCAAGCAUUUCUAUUCCAUCUACGAUGAUUAUAAAUUGCCGGACUCAUGCAUCACCCUCACUAAUGUUUUCCUGCUCCUCUCGGAGGUCUUUCUGGGUCAUACGACCGCUCGACCCGGUCUGCUGAAACGCAGUACGAGGUGUCCCUCCGAGACCUUUAAAUCCGGCGAGCAAAAGCUUUUGGCCUUCGCUAGACUCGCUCUGCAAGGUCUCGAGAGAGGUGCAUUUUUAUUUAGCAUUGAGGAGGUCACGUCUUGCGGAUUAGACGAUAAGGACCUUCAGUUCGGGUUUCUGAGGCCCGUUUGUCAUUACGAUACGUGCGGAAGCUCUGCCACAUUCGAGUUUCUUCACGUGACCCUGCAGGCGUUCUUAGCCAGUUUCGCUUUGGUCCUGGACACCAAGAUCACUCCUGACACUAUCCUUAAGUUUUUCUCCAAAUGCGAAUACAAAAAGAAGUCCCGCCUCUCUUGUUUAUCUUGUCUGGGAAAGUCACAACCCAGAGACAAGGAUCCGUUCCAGACCAAUGAGCACUUCCAGUUUACCAAUCUCUUCUUAUGCGGACUGUUGUCCAAGCCCAACGCCGCUCUUCUCGAGCAUCUCGUUCCACCGCUUUCACUCAACCAAAAGCGCAAGACGCUCAAAUCCUAUCUGUCUAACAGCGUGAAGUCACACCUGAAGGAUCUGCCUCGGCAUCCAGCCAUAGAAAUCCCGGGUUAUAAAGUGCACGCCAUGCCCAAUUUCUUAUGGAUGCUGCGGUGUAUAUUCGAGAUCAACAGCGAGAAAGUGGCCAAGAUGACGGCCAACGGCAUAUCGGCCGAUUACAUUAAGAUCGCCUACUGUAACAUUUACUCAGCAGACUGCAGCGCUCUGAACUUUGUGUUACAUCAUCGUAAAAAACACCUGGGGGUGGACAUGGAUAACAACAACAUCAGUGAUUAUGGAGUGAAACAGCUAAGACCCUCUUUCAGCAAAAUGACCGUGGUAAGAUUAUGUGUGAAUCAACUCACGGACGACAGCAUGGAGGUUCUGGCAAAUGAGCUCAUCAGAUAUAAAGUUGUCAAGAUUUUGGGCCUUUACAAGAAUCACAUCACAGAUGUCGGAGCCAAACUGGUAGCAGAGAUCAUUGAAGGAUGUCCUCACCUAAAGACUGUCAAACUCGGCUGUAACAAGAUCACAGGUUUGGGUGCCAGCUAUCUUGCCAAAGGAAUUCACAAGAGUAAAUCUAUCUUUGAUGUAGGAAUGUGGGGUAACUCGAUCGGUGAUGAAGGGGCGAAUGCUUUCGCUGAGGCUUUAAAGAAUCACCCAUCCCUAACAAACCUCAGUCUCUCCGCCAAUGGCAUCACAUCUCAGGGGGGAAAGAGUUUGGCAAAUGCACUCAAGGAAAGCACGAGCCUUCAUAUCUUCUGGCUCAUUCAGAAUCAAAUCUGUGAUGACGCAGCGUCUGAUCUCGCUGAUGCGUUCAGGUCAAACUCAUCGCUGACUCAUCUGAUGUUAAUAGACAACCAGUUGAGCGUUCAUGGAGCCAGACAGAUAGCUGACGCUCUCUCAAACAACACUACACUGAAAGAAGUCAACAUUAAAGGAAACCAAAUCUCUAAAGCAGAAGAAAAACUCUUUGAGGAAGAGAAGAGGCUUCGUUUUCACUGAGAGAUCUAUGAGGAAACUCCUGUACAGUAUAUUAAUGACACAUUCAUUCACAUCUACAAUGUAUUAUCCAUAUCUCACUCACAGUUUUAUAUCAAAGCCAAAUCAUACUUACACGCAGGCUGGACAAUAUCAUUAGUUUCAUGUUUUUUUUUUUUGCACUAUAUAACUCAGUAUUCAUGUUAUUUUUUCUUCAGAAUAACCCUUAUGUUAAAGAUCACAUAACACACAGUUUCUUUCAAUCUCAUGUUAAUCUUGGGUACCUAUAGAUUAGUGUUUAAUCCUUUAUAUGUCCAUAGUCUUUUGUGUUGUCAGAUUUUUUAAAAGACAGAAACAGCCUUUCCGUUUUUUUCCGAAAAAGGUUGAACUCUUGGAAGCGUACGGUGGGAGGAGAUAAAGAGUUACGAAUACAGCAUAGCUAUAUGUUCAUGUUGUUUACAUUAUAUGCACUUAUGCACUGAUUACAAAAAGAUUAGAUUUUAAUUUACUUACCACCUGUGGUUGUGACUCCUGAACGGCAUCUUUUAAUGUUGGGACCGCUCCGUCAUUCAGUUGAAAACGAAUUGGGCCUUGUUUGUUAAGCAAUCGUCUCCAAAAUGCAGGUAACAAACAUAAAACUUUGCAAUGAUCUUGCCGUCCGGGAAAAAAACAAACUGCAUUUACCGUUGUAUUGAGACAGGGUUACUUGGAAAGCACAAAAGACGCAUGUACCCCUAUCUUUCAGAUGUGAAAUCUAUAAAUCACAAAGGAUCUUGAAUUUUUGCGCAGCGGAGCAUUUUUAGAUCUCCGCCUUUAAACGAUGCCCAAUUAAUUUCAAUGACAUAUAAAAGAGCGUCUGUCAAUGUUUAAACCCUUUUUGAGCAUUAUGCUGCGUUUACACCAGCCGCGCUAGACUGAUUUCAAUGUUAAGUCAAUGUGAAGACACGUUGAUGUGCGUCUGGAGGUCUCGCGGCGCAAAUGAGGCGUUUAGUGCGGAGCGGUAGACGCAAUUACGCCUCGUUCGCGUGAAUUGAGCGUUACUGUGGAUUUUUGUGUACGCACACUUUACGAUUAAAUAUGUGCGUAUGCACGCUUUAUAAAUAAGGCCCUGGGAGUUGCCCACCAAAGUACAUUCUUUUAAUGGCCUCAAUUUUAAUAUUUAUUUGUUACAUAUUUUUUAUAUUAGCUUGGUUUGAAACAAUGAUUAAACAUAUCAAUUUUUUUGAGUUGACAGACACUAUAUAAAAAGUAGCCCUCCAGAUUGUUUUAUCCAUUGUGGAUGUAGCCCUUGUUCACAAAAAGGGUGGAGACCCCUAAUUUAAAUAUAUGAUGCCUCGUGAAGACUGUGAAACACUGAUGAUAAAGCAUUAAUUCUGAAUUUUUUUAUUAAAAUAGCUUUAAGUCAUUCACAAAAGUCUAAGAGUUUGCUAUAACGAGACUAUAAAACAUUUCUGCCUUGACUCUGAUACAUGUGAGUCUAAAGAUGAGGACGGUUUGUGAAACUAGACAAAAGCAGAAACAACUAUUACCCAGCCCUAAACUCACACAAUGAACAUCCAGACAAGAACUGAAAGAUCUGUGCUUGAAAAAUGUUGUUUUUUAAUGUCAUUAUCUCUGUACAUAAUGUUCACAUGGAAUGUUACAAUAAAUCAUUUUUAAAGAA